UUGAUAUACUAAAAAACAGUAGCUUUGGUUUAAUAAAAAUUCCAGAAAAAUUAAUGGAUUUUGCUACUCUAAUAAAUUAAACUUCUUAAUUUAUUUUUUUCUUGAGUGUUUGUGGCCACUACCGACAGCUACUUCUGAGCUUCACUUCAAGUUUUGAUUUUUUGCUGGGAAAUGAUGAAGCAGAUUCUUAUUGCUAUGACGAGCUAUUGAUUUUGAGCUGAACUUUAAGAAUGAAGUACAGCUCGGAGUUUCAAUCUGUGUGUCAAAUUGAUAAAAGGAAAUGGAUUUUGGUAGUGGUUUUGGUGGCUGUGACUCAUUUAUUUUGUCAGACCUUGAUGCUUCCGUAUGGAAAUGCUCUUCAUUCUCUGUUAUCUGAGAGCAAUAUUCAGCUACCCGAAAAGGUAAGCCUGUCGAGUAAAGAAUCUUCUGUUGUUGAAUCAACUAAGGUUGGUGAAAGCUUUUCAGGAACGCUUUCAAGCUUUGAUGAUGUACAUAUGUUGGCUCAUCGCUUGAAAACUGUGGAUAACGGUGAUGUGAGUGAAGAUGGUGAAAUCGAUGAGAGCGUAAAUGAGAAGGAUGAGGUAAAACCACAUAGCAAUCAUUCAGUUGUCAAAACCAUGGAAAAUGACUCUGAUUUUGUUGAAGAUGCAAUUCUUGAGAAUGAUAAUCUAUUUGAUGAAGUGGUGGACAUGGACGAGGAAACUACAAUGCAGAAGAACAAUGAAUCUAGACGGGACCUUUCUUUAGAGCAAGUUGUAAAAACAAAUGGUGAACUUUCAGCUGACCCUGAGUUAGAUGCAAAUAGAAAUAGUGUGCUUAAUGAUACUAAAGCUGCAAGUGUGACUAACUCGUCGUCUGUGGUUGCUUCAAACCAUCUAGAUAACUUGCCAUUGGUUACUAUAGGUGAAAUAAACUUCAUUCGUACUACUAGUAACAACUCUUCAACAGGAGAUUUGACUCAACUUCUCCCAAAUCAUGGCAAUCAUUCGUUGGUGCAAAGUACAGUCAAAAAGAAGAUGAGAUGCAUGUUGCCGCCAAAAACAAUAACUUCAAUCUCUCAGAUGGAAAGGUUACUAGUUAGGCAUCGUGCUCGUUCACGUGCUAUGAGACCUAGGUGGUCCUCGGAACGUGACAAGGAAAUUCUGGCUGCUAGGUUACAGAUUGAGAAUGCUCCACUUCUGAAGAAUGAUCGAGAACUUUAUGCUCCUGCCUUUCGAAAUAUGUCCAUGUUCAAAAGGAGCUAUGAACUCAUGGAGCGGAUUCUCAAAGUUUAUGUCUACAAGGAAGGGGAGAAGCCCAUUUUUCAUCAACCAAUAAUGAAAGGAUUGUAUGCAUCCGAGGGAUGGUUCAUGAAACUAAUGGAGGGAAAUAAUAAGUUUGUUGUGAAGGAUCCCCGAAAAGCUCAUUUGUUCUACCUACCCUUUAGUUCGAGAAUGCUGGAGCAUUCUCUAUACGUUCGUAAUUCUCAUAAUCGAACAAACCUACGCCAAUAUUUGAAGGACUACUCAGAGAAGAUUGCAGCAAAAUACCGUUUCUGGAACAGAACUGGCGGGGCUGAUCAUUUUCUCGCUGCAUGCCAUGACUGGGCUCCAUAUGAAACGAGGCAUCACAUGGAACACUGUAUCAAGGCCCUGUGCAAUGCUGAUGUAACCUUAGGCUUCAAAAUAGGAAGGGAUGUAUCCCUUCCGGAAACAUAUGUUCGUUCUGCCAGAAAUCCUCUAAGAGAUCUCGGAGGAAAACCACCAUCUCAAAGAAAAGUUCUUGCAUUCUGUGCUGGGAAUAUGCACGGAUACUUGCGUCCGAUCUUGCUCGAGCAUUGGAAAGACAAAGAUCCCGAUAUGGAGAUAUUUGGUCCGAUGCCAAGUGGUGUUGCUAGCAAAAUGAAUUAUAUCCAGCAUAUGAAGAGCAGUAAGUUCUGCAUCUGUCCAAAGGGCUAUGAAGUCAACAGCCCGAGAGUAGUAGAGGCCAUAUUUUACGAAUGUGUGCCAGUGAUCAUAUCGGAUAAUUUCGUGCCUCCCUUUUUCGGAGUCUUGAAUUGGGAUACGUUCUCGUUAAUCCUAGCUGAGAAGGAUAUUCCGAACUUGAAAAGUAUACUUCUUUCCAUACCGGAAAAGAAGUAUCUCGAUAUGCAGAUAGCUGUCAGGAAGGUUCAGCGCCAUUUCCUUUGGCAUGCGAAGCCGGUAAAAUACGACUUGUUUCAUAUGACACUUCAUUCUAUUUGGUACAAUAGAGUUUUUCAAACAAAAGCUAGAUGAAAGUUGCUCCAGAUGCAAGUCUAUUUGGUACAGUUGUUUCCUACUAUGAUAUGCUCAGACUCUUUAAAAAUGUCAUCAGAUGUAUGUGUUGGAUCCUUCAAAAGUAAGUGCAUUUCUAGACGAUUUGAUACAGGUGCAACAGUAUUUUUGAAGAGUUCGAGAAUUUCCUAGCACGCCUUCGAAAAAUGUUUAUGACAAAUUUGAGAUGAGCUUUGGAGAGGAACUGUUCCCUU